AUGACCAUUCCCAUACAAGAAUCGUUCGACUCGGGACGCGCACAGUACCGGCAAGCGGACGUCAUCGUCGUCGGCGCAGGAAUAUUCGGCUCUGCCGCAGCCGUCGCCCUCUCCCGCCAAGGCCGCUCCGUCCUGCUCCUCGAACGCUCCCUCACGCCGCCGGACCGCAUCGUCGGCGAGCUGCUGCCGCCCGGCGGCGUCCAGGCCCUGCAGGAGCUCGGCCUGGGUCACUGCCUGGACGGCAUCGACAGCGUCCCCGUCCAGGGCCACCACGUCCGCCACCGCGACGAGGUCGUCACCGUCGCCUACCCCGAGAGCACCGAGGGCCGCUCGUUCCACCGCGGCCGCUUCGUCCAGCGGCUGCGACGAGCGGCCUCGGAGGAGCCCGGCGUCACGCUCGUCGAAACGCUGGUCACCGGGCUGAUCACGGUCGACCACGCCGACCAGGUGCUCGGCGUCACCUCGCUGACCGACGGCGAGCCGGACUGCUUCUUCGCGCCCCUAACCAUCAUCGCGAACAGCAAGCUCCGCACCGCAGCGGCGUCGUCGUCGUCGUCGUCGUCGUCGUCGUCAAAAAAGAUCGUACAGUCUCGCUCGCGGUUCUGGGCGCUCGAGCUGCCAGACACCGCGCUGCCAUCGCCGGGCUUCGGCCACGUCCUGCUCGGCGACGCCCCCGUGCUGCUGUGCCAGAUCGGGGCGCGGGAGGCGAGCGCCCUCGUACAAGUCCCCAAGGGUCUCGAGGAGGUCGACGGAGGUGCGGCCGGCUACGUCCGGCGCAGGAUCGUGCCGGGCCUGCCGGCGUGCGUCCGGCCAGCGUUCCUCGCCGGCCUGGAGGCGGGCCGCCUCCGCUGCCUGCAGAACUCGUUGCUCCCGGCGGCGUCGAACCGCACGCCGGGCCUGCUGGUCGCGGGGGACGCGCCCAGGAUGCGACACUCGCUCACCGGGGGCGGCGUGACCGCUGCCCUGAACGACGUCGUGCUGCUGGGCGAGCUGCUCGACCCGUCCAGGACGCCCGACUUUGACAAUGUCGGCCUGCUCCUCCAGCAAUUCGCGGAAUUUCACUGGCGGCGAAGAUGCCGCAGCUUUGGCAUCAAUGUCCUGACGCAGACACUGUACUCCUUGUUUGCCGCGGAGGACGACUACUACCUGACGCUCCUCCGGCAAGGUUGCCUCGAGUACCUGAAGCGCGGUGGAAUCUGCGUGGAUGGCCCGGCCGGCAUCACCAAGAACCCUUUCGACCUGCUGUGGCACUUCUUUGCGGUGGUAUUGUUUUCAAUCUGGGGCCUGUUCCUCUCCAAGCCGACCUGGAAGCUUCCGGUCACUUUGGUGGAUUCUGUAGGCAUCCUGUUACGAGCAUGCUUGGUAUUGGUUAUGUGUAUUUUCUAUGAGCUCGCUGGAUGA